AUGGAGACAAGUUCCGGAUUAAUAUCAUCUGACAUCGAUCGUGACGUCUCUCCUUGGUCUGCCCAUGUCCUAGAAAUCACAACACCUGAGGACAAGUACCUUGCUGCUGACGAUGCAUCAAGCAAAGAGGAGCUCAAGCACGUCGCGCCACCUCUUCCCCGGUACGGCCACUCGUUAUCUGGAGCAGCAAGUCCUGUGGGUAAAUUCUAUAUAUUUGGUGGAUCAGUUGGAGAUCUCUUGAAAAACGAUACAUGGUCUAUUCAACUAUCUCAAAACUCGGGCCAGUCCCCAGAUUCAGGCCGCGAUUCAUUACGCACGAGAAUAACUGCGAGUCUAAUGGAAACUACUGGUCAAGCCCCUAGUCCUCGUUCUGGGCAUGCGAGUGUGUUUUUAAACGGUAGACUGGUUGUGUGGGGUGGUAUGAUUGGGGCCUUGCAGUGGGCGGACGUCUGUCUUUACUCGUUAGAUACCAAUACAAACGUUUGGACUAAACUGGACCUUCAACCUGCACCAAGUGCUCGUUGUAAUCAUGCCGCUUGCAUACAUGGAAACAGGCUCAUCCUUCAUGGCGGGUGUAGUGCGCAGGGCAUUCACCUCGACGAUAUGUGGAGUCUGGAUCUCGAUUUGUUGCAAGGAACUCCUAAAUGGGAAGAAAUCAAAGUCGCGCGAAAGGGUCACUCUCCGUCCCCAAGAUCCUCUCAUGCAAUGGUUGCAUACCAAAACAAGCUAUACAUUUUUGGCGGAACCAGCCCGGCCUGCACACAUAGAGAUACAUGGUGUUUCAAUAUGGCCACUCGAGUCUGGAGUGAACCAAGACGUGACGGCCCUAUUCCUCCUGCGCGUUCAAAGCACACGAUGGCCCUUGCCAGGGAUUCAAUACAGAUGUUUGGAGGGGCAGGUGAUAGAUUAAUUGAUUUACUCAAGGAUCAAAGCGAAGCAACUUCCCCGCAGAAUUUAGAUAUCAUUAAACCGCAUGUUAUUCCUUUUAAGAAACUCUUGAAUGUACCCAUGUUCGACGGUGAUAUCCAGCCGUCGACAGAGCCUGUCUCCGAGGUGGCUCGAACUCAAAGUACUCCUUCAAAAACAAAGAACACAAAAUCAAUUAGUUCGCUUGUACCUGAAGAUAGACAAGUUUUACCUUCUUCAAAUACUUUCUCAAAAUACAGCGACUCUCGCUCCGAACAAAGCUCGGGCAGAGUUACUCAAGAUGUCAUUACUGGCGCUAUGUCAGCUACAGAGAUAUUUCGACACCUUAUCAACCACAGCUGUCGUGAUAUCACCGAUCAGCUCGAUACCUCUAAUGUAUCUGAAUACGCUGUAUCCGGUGGCGGGUUCGGGGAUGUAUAUCACGCUAAACUCCGCGACGGGCGCCGGGUAGGUAUGAAGUGUGUCCGGUUUCAAGUCCAUGCCACCGAAAAGGGGAAGAAGCUACUAAAGCACGCGGCCCACGAGCUGUAUGUGUGGUCAAAGUGUCGACAUCCGAAUGUACUUGAACUUCUAGGUGUUAUGUUGUUUCGCGGUCAGAUUACGAUGGUUUCUCCAUGGCUGGAGAAUGGGCACCUGAGAUGGUUUCUUGAACAAAAUCCGCAGGCUGAUCGUUGUGCUCUGUGCGUACAAAUUGCUGACGGAGUCGAAUAUCUACACAGUCAAUCAAUCGUCCACGGAGACUUGAAGCCUGAGAAUAUUCUGAUAUCAAAAGACCACGUUCCCAAACUAGCAGACUUUGGGAGCGCCACGCUCGCUGAGUAUACACUGGGGUUCACGCAUUCCAGUACAACUCAGAGUAUGACCCUAAGGUGGACUGCUCCAGAAGUAAUUAGAGGAGAGUCAAAGCCAACGCAAGCCAGCGAUAUCUAUGCACUCGGAAUGGUUAUAUACGAAAUUGUAACACGAUCGGUACCAUUUGCCGGGGUCAGCGACUAUGCCAUCGUGUUCACGGUUGCGAGUGGGAAGAUACCCAUUCGAUCAGAGACGCAUAUACCUCCAGGAACGGAGCAGGCGGACCAUCUCUGGACAAUGCUCACAAUGUGCUGGGCUUAUAGCCCCGAGGAACGAUUGAAGGCACAGGAAGUCGCUAACACAGUUUGA